AUGCAAGCUUUUGAAAACAAUAAUGAUGUAUCUGUAUUGAUGAACAUCAAUAAAGCAGUAGCAGAUGCACAGAAUAAAUUUGAAAACACGAAUAGAGAUCAUGAGACACAAUCGAGAGAACUAAAUGAAGAUCGACCUUGGAAUUUUAUUCCUGCUAUUCCACCAUCUUUCAGAAAAGAUAUAAGAUUUUCCAAUAUUCUUGAUCUAGAUGAUUCCAUUGUUGAUUUUCAUAAGCAAUGCUUAUUAUCAUCUGAUAACAACGUUUUACUUGAUCAAAAUGACACAAUAUACACAGUGGCCACAUCUCCAGGAGAACCGUACUAUAUAGGUAGAGUAGUUGGUUUCGAGAUUAAUCAUGCAUAUAAAGAUUUUGUAGAAAAGAGUUUGGAAAUUUCUGAGAAGCUACCAUCUAAUUACUUUGUAUUAAGAAUGAAUUGGUUUUACAGACCAAGAGAUAUUGGAAAAUUAGAAUCUACUUUCGAUCCACGUAGAUUAUAUGCUACCCAGAUGGAAGAUAUAGUUCCAAUUGAAUCAUUUAGAGGUAAAUGUGUUGUAUCUCAUGAAUUGGAACUAAUUGAUAAAAUACCAAGUGAAAGUGAAGUAUAUAUAAGGCCAAAUAUCUUUUAUUACAAAGAAUUAUACGAUAUAUAUACCGAUCGUUUUUAUACUGUAUUGCCUACAGACAUGCUUUUGCACAUGUUUACAAAUUCAUCAUAUUUAUAUGUGUUGAAUAGAAAAGUACGUUAUAUAUUUACUGAAAAAGAUUUUCCGAUUGAACAUAUUAUAAACAAAUAUAUCACUGUAGAUGGUAUGAAAGACAAAUCUAACACAUUUUUAUGGGAUAAUAUAUGUACUGUUUGUAAGGAAUGGUGUUCAUCUACAGAUUAUACUAACUGUGAUGAAUGUAAUAGAUCAAUCCAUAAAGUCUGCAUUGAGCCCUUGAUGCAGAAUAAAUUGAAUAAUGAUAUUGUAUGGUUAUGUAAUAUAUGCAUGAAGAGAGAAGAUGGUAAUAAAGAUAACAUCAAUGAAGCAAAGACAAUGGAAAUAAAUGAGAAGAAACAAAAUCUCUCCUACAAACGGUAUUUAGAAAGUGAAUCGUUAAAGGUUUUUGAAACGACAGCUUCAUACAAUAAGGAAAAUUAUUGGUUUUAUUAUUUUGGUAAAAAUACGAUUAGUGAUUUUAAAACAUUAUUAGACUGGCACUUAUUCUUACCAUAUCCGAUCACUUUAAAAAAUAAUUUCAAUGAGGAGGGAAACUUGUCAACUUGGUCAUCGCACCCUUAUAAUAAUGAUACUCUCGCUAAUUUAGAUGAUUUAGCAGAGUUUACAACGAGUAAUGUAGAUCCAAAUAUCCCACACCCAGAACUUGAAACCUUUUUGGGCAGGGCUAAGGAGAUAUUGGGGAAGUCUGACAGCGGAAUUCAUUAUACUUCAGAGGAAAUUAAAACUACAUUGUCUUUCUUUUUCGAAGCUCAAGAUUUCGAUAUAGAACUAGCCCUUAUUACUUGUGGUGUUUUAUUCAAAUCAUCAUUUUUCAUGGGCAGAUUAAUGACUAUUGAAGAACUUGAAAAAUUUAAACGAGGAAUUAAUCGAUUUGGCAAUGAGCUACAACUGGUUCAAAUAUAUAUUGGUAGUUGUGAGUUAAAAACAAUAAUUAAGUAUUUUUCAUUUUGGAAAGAUACGAUAAUGGGGAAUUCCAUUUUAAAUAAAUAUUCAAUAGAAAAUUCUCCAAGGAAAAUUUACUUAUCCAAUACAAGAAAUACCGAUGACAAAAACAAUAUCAAAGAUCUGAAGGCCUUAAUAUCAUUUGAUAAUUUACUUAAAUAUUCGUCAGAACUUGCCCCAAAAUAUAUUAAUGCUUAUAUUGAUGAUUCUUCUGUUGAGAUGGGAUCUAAGCUAAUCCAAAAAAAUGAACCCGAUUGCUCAAUUUGUCAAACAACAGCAUCGUACAUGUGGUAUAAACAUACAAGAGAUUCACAAGUGAUUGAGAAACUAAACCCGAAUUCUCCUAAUACUAGAGUAUUAAAUAACUUUUCAUCUAUAAAUGAUUUGAUAUGCAUACGCUGUGCAAGAUUAUGGAGACGUUAUGCCGUUAUAUGGCAGCAUCCAGUAUCCGUUUUCGCUAAAUUACUUGAGGGUACUGAAAUGGAUUUUACUCAUUAUUUAACUGAGAUGCUUGAAGAGUCCAAUGAUAAUUAUUUUAUAUCUUCGGCUAUACAAGCACAUAAAAAGUUAAUAGAAUAUGAGUUAGUCCAGGAUUCAGAAAUGAUAUUUAGGCAAAGGGAAAAGAUGUGUGAGGACCCGAAUUUUUGGACUAAAUACAAUUCAAAGAUCACAAUAAACAGAAGACUUCUAAGCAGGCAGACUAGAAAAAAAUUGACAGUAAUCCAAAAAAGUUAG